AUGCCUAAAACAAGUAAAAAAACUUAUCGUGAACAACGAGCAGCAAAAAAAGCAGCUAAAGAAUGCAAAGCAAUUAAACUUCAAAACGAAGAAAAUGAAUAUAAAAAAUUACCAAAAUCUUUUGUUAUAAGAAGAGGAAAAAUAGGAAAAUCAAGUAAGGCAUUAGUUCAAGACACAAGAUUUGUUAUGCUUCCAUUAACUGCUAUUAAUUUACAAGAACGACCAUCAAAUACAUUAAGUGACUUAAAAUUUGCAGCAAUGGAAAUGUGUGUUUCACAUAUGUUGAUUUAUUCCAAUUCAGCAAGUGGACUUCAUUUAAGAAUUGGUAAAUUACCAAGAGGUCCUACUUGUUUAUUUAAGGUAGAAGAAUAUACAUUAAGAAAGGAUAUUCAAAAGAGUUCAGGAAUUAUGUAUCCACCAAAUUCACCAGAAAUGACAACAUCUCCAUUACUUAUUUUGAAUGGAUUUAAUCAAGGUGGUGAACAAUUAAAAACACUAAGAAUUGUUUUACAACAAUUAUUCCCACCAAUUCAAGCAUCAGUUGCUAAAAUAAAAAAAUACAGAAGAGCUUUAUUAUUUAAUUACGAUAAAGAAACUGAUAUGGUAGAAUUAAGACAUUAUGUUAUUCGUGUUAGAGAUUCUAAGAGAGAAGAUAUUGAAGGAAAUAAUGAAGAUGAAGAAAAAGAAGAAAAAGUUGUUUUACCUGUAAAUAAAAUGGGUAAAGAAAAUAUUGAAAAACAAAAGAGUUAUGUUAAAUUAAUUGAUAUUGGUCCAAGACUAAAAUUACAUUUAUUAUCUAUUAACAGUGAUUUCAUGAAAGGUAAAUGCUUAUAUAGAUUAUAUGAUUAUGAUGAUGAUGAGGCUUGGAUGAAAGAAAACACUGAAAAAGUAAAACAAGCCGAUCAGCAAAGAAGUGAAAAUAUACAAAAAUUAAAAGAAGAACAAAAGAAGAAAAAAGAGCAACGUAUGAAAAUGGAAAAAGAACAACAAGAAGAUGAUGAAGAUGAUGCUGAUGACCAAUUUUAUUUUGAUGAAGAAUUAGAAAAAAUGGAAGAAGAGGAUUAA